UUGACCAGCUGGUGCCGGCGUCUUCUGUCAGCGAAAUUAAGCCUAGGCUACACUUUUCUACUGGAUGUCACAAUACUUUUCAGAAAUGUUUAAGGCGUUAAACAAGUUAAAAGAGCGUGCCGAGAAAUUCUUGAACGAAAAAAACUUUGUGACAGAUUGCCUGUCCAAAGUAGAAGAAUGGACGGGAAUUAAGAAGCGCUAUCUUGCAAUAGGUGCGACCUCCCUAACUGGCCUGUAUUUAGUGUAUGGGUAUGGAGCAGCUCUCAUGUGCAACCUCAUCGGCUUUGUGUAUCCUGCAUAUUACUCCAUUAAAGCCAUCGAGAGUGAGGACAAGGAGGAUGACACCAAAUGGCUGACCUACUGGGUGGUGUACGGCGUGUUCAGUCUGGGCGAGUUCUUCUCUGACAUCUUCCUCUACUGGUUCCCCUUCUACUAUGUUUGCAAGUGCCUGUUUCUGUUGUGGUGCAUGGCUCCAGUGACGUGGAACGGUUCGCAGGUGUUGUAUCGGCGUGUGGUGCGCCCCAUCUUCCUCCGCCACGAGGCCACGGUGGACAACAUGGUCAGCGACCUGAGCGGCAAGGCCAUGACGGCGGCCGAGAGUGUCACCAGAGAAGUCCUUCAGACGCUGGUCAAAAACAAGAUCAAUCCGAUGGAUGGCCUGAGGAGGCGGAACAUGGAGGGCACCACGAAGGGAGAGCUACCGGAACCUACUGAGCCCACUAUUGACUAACUGGCUCAGCCGUAGACCGAGAGGAAGAGGAAGAAGAUGAAGAGGAAGAAGAUCAUCUGAAGAGUCAGUGAUUCACACCAAGAAGGAAGAGUGUGUCUCACACCCAACAGGUCAUCUUCCUCCCUGGUCAUCUUCAUCAUCGUGGAAAAAAUCAACAUGACACAAAGGGACCAGACAUAAUCGAUAAUGGACAGAAACAUGCGCUAAUGUCAUUCAAAAGACUUGACAGGAAUGUUGAACAUUGAGGGAAUUGAAAUACUCACACACUCUGUUUUCACUUAUUAGAAUAGAAUCCAAGCACUUACGGACACUGCUCUACAUUCUUAGAACAGAAUCCAAGCACAGUUCUUUGGUUUUUUAGAUAUUAUUUCACAUAGUUUCCUCAAAAUUGCAUAUUUCCUUCACAUUUUGUGUUUGACAUUGACUAACAGCUGACUAUUAAUCACAAUAAUUAAUCAGUCAUAUCACAUCAAUUUGUGAUAAACUUUUUGCCAAUUCACUUUUGAGAUUUUUGAGUUGAGUUUUUUAAUGUAUGCUUUAUAUGCACUGUAAUGGGGAAAAUUAGUGCUAAAAUGAGCCAAACAAUGCAGUUUUUUUUAUUGUUCUU